CCCUAUCGUGAGUGUACGUAUCCGCUUUUAUUAGGCACUGUGGUGCAGAUUGCGAUUAGAUACUUUUACGUGUGAUCCUACCAUCAGGCUUUCAGUUGUAAUUUUUGCGUUUCACUCUCCGCUCCUAUGCUUGCUGCGCGGUAGAGGUAAGUACAAGUAGCUCGCUUCCAAUUUUUUUUAUCACGCCGAAGAACAUCUCAAAGCAUGGCUCGUUUACUUCCGAGGGGCAACACCACGGCGGCAGCGGGUCUUCACCCCCGCACUGCAGGUUUAUUUUUGGCCGCUACCUGUUUAUCCAUUUUGACGCACACCACGCCCGCAGCUGCGGUGUACGACGGCUACGACGUCGACGAAGCGGCAGCAAAGAUCGAUCCUGUGGUCCACCAAAUCGCUAAAUCCUACGCUCUUCUGGAAGUGGAGACGGGGAACAAUGAGGUCGGCAUCUGUGGUGGCACAGUGAUCUCCAAAACCGCGGCUCUGACCGCGGCGCACUGCGUGCAGAAGUUCGGAGUAGAGGCGGGUUCGCUGGCGAAGUGGGACCCGACCAAGACGCAAGACGUGCAACGGCUCACCGUGUUUACCGGGUCGGACGUUUCUCGCUUGCCGAGCGACGAAUUGCUGGAAAUAGGAAGAAAGAGCACAAGAGGUCUUGUAGCAGCGAGAAGUGCGCAGGCAAACCGACUCGCUGCACUCCCGGACGUCCGCGUCUUGGUAAAAAAGCCGAGCCUGCAGGUCACCGAGUUUGACUUCCGGCGGGUUUUCGCGCAAACGAGAAGGCAGCAGCAUUUUCCCCGGACUACUUCUCCCACAAGGGCAAGCGAUGGGCGGGCAGCUGCAGCACACGUGGAUGUUCCUGCGCCGACCGCAGAUUAUUUGCACUUUUUCGACAGUAGCUGGGUCAAGAGACCGAAGUGGAGCCACGUCGAGAAGCACCUGUCUAGUGACAUGAUGCACGACGCCUGCGACAAAAGUUUGGCCGCCUGUGGCCGGCGUUGCUGCAAGAGGAGAGGCUGUGAAAAACCUACGAAACAGCACCCGUAUGUGUACGCCCUGCGGGAACUGCUGCAGUCGCAAAGCGACGUGGCGGUACUGGACUUUUCUGCCUUCCACGCUGCGGGAAUUUUUGAAGGGUUUUUCGAGGCCGACGCGGUCGCCGCGCCGGUCCUGGGUAUGGAGGGUAGUUGCAGCGCGGAUGGGUGUGACUUGACGUCUUCUACCGUGGCUGAUUCUCGAUGCGAAGAGGACGAAAAAUGCGGUGGCGCGACCGAUGAAGGAACCGUAGAAUGCGAUGAGGCCGCUCUGAGGGAAGAAGAUGAAAACGAAGAGACAUCGGAAGACGACGCUCCUGUCGCGGUAUCGCUCGGUGACGCGCAAGCGGCAAACCUGCGCGAGGAAAUCUUGCAGCGGCGAAAGCUUCUGUCACGUAUAGGUCAUUUGGACAAAAACACGGACGAGACUUUCUUGAACGGCCUCAAGCUGAUCACGUUGGGUCAUGGUCUGACGGAGAGAACAACGAAUGACGUUCUCAUGGACUACUCCACCGGCCGGGAAAAGAAAGCGCUCGGCCGGAGAAAGUCGAGCACAGAGCUGCGGUUUCGGGAGCUGGAUGUUUCAAGAUCGCUCGGAAUUCUCGGACUAUGCACUUGUGACGGCGAGCUUUUUUUCGAGCACUUUAAAAGUUUCUGGAAGGACUUGGGUUGGCGGUUCUUUUGUGCAUCGGAAGAGGAGCUGCAGAGGCGGAGCGCGAAUCUACACUUGAACGACGGCUGGACGAGGCAUUUGGCCGCGGCGGGGAAAAGUGAUGCAUUCCCUAUAACACACGCAUUUCGCGCAAAUUUGUUGCACCACGGGAAGAAGCUGGGUAUUCCACCCUUCGAGGAGGCCGUACUGCAUGGCCGAGCGUUGGACACACAGGCUGCACGGCUGACGGGCGCGGGCGACUCCGGGAGCGGACUGUUCAUGGUGCUGCCGGACAAGUCUUUCUAUCUCAUUGGAAUCACCAAGUCCAACACUAUCGCCCCCUGCAAAAGUUAUCAGCCGGCACACAAAUGCCCGCACGCGGACUUGCGUAAUUUCCGCCCGUCCCAGGACACCGUGGAGCAUUUGCGAAAAUACCACCCGGGCACAGUACUGGACCAGUUCACAGACCUGCGCUGCGGGGUGUUUCAAGACUUUUUGCAACGCAAGCUCACCGAGAUCCGAGCGCGCGAAGCCGAGCGCACGAAGGCUUUGGCACAGCAAAAGCGGAUAUUGGAUGAGCUUGAGAGGGAAGAAGGCCUGUGGGUGGGCAAAACAGUAGAAGUUGAGAAUUUACUAUCGGAAAAGGGAAAAUACCUCAAUGGGCGGAGAGGGGUCGUGCUGAGGAGAACGGGUGGAAAUAAAAGCGCAGCCGCGGUGAACAAGAUGUCAGAAAAUGAUUUCGCUACAACUUCUUCCAGCGAAGACUCUCGUUCGCUAUCUAGUCGUUUCGAUGUGCAGCUAUUCUUGCCCGAGGAAGAGAAAAGGGCGUUCCAUCAAGACUUUAUGGCUAGUUCUGCAGUGCCGGCAGCAUCACAGACAAAUCCACCACGUGUACUAGUCAACGUUUAUGAUGUGCUCGCACCUCCGGAGUCGGCCGCAAAAAAAAAUCAUAAUGAGGUUGUUUCCAUCAAGGUUGAGAAUCUUAGAAAUGUGGAGCCGAGUGCUGGGUCUGCUGGCAAGAACGAUAUCGAUGGUGAAGAGGAAGUGGACGAAGAACUGCGGUGCCGGUUUCUGCGUUGCUGUCGCGUGCGAAAGAAGGGCGAGUGGAAAUGCGAUUAGAGAAGCGCUGGUGUCGUUCUCAUACAGUCUCCUGUCGCCAAAAUCAGGAGUGGCAUCCUUGUACGAUGAAAGUGAACAUUCAUGAAGACGAGCUUUGCUGAAGCGAGCACAAGAUUUUUACAUAACUAAACAACAGCAUGCACAGCUGGAAGCGGAAUCAACAUGAUGUACUUAGCUGAUAUUCUGUCAAG